UCACAGGCCGUCUUGGGAACACGCCCGCCCUCCCUCCUCUCCAGGAUGAAAGGAACCAGUGAGCACCAGGAUAAGGACAAAAACAAAACAAAACAAAACCAUCCAAAUUACCCCCAGACGCCCGCCCCGCGGUCUCCGUGUGUUCGGCGCCCCGCGGACGUGCACUUUGUCACCUGGAGUGGAGCGGGGCAGAGCUGGCGGGACGGGACGGGGUGCUAGGCUCGGCGCCACACCCCUAGGAGCUCCCACCCAAGGCAGACCGCCCGGUUCUCCCUCCGAAUCUCAACAGAAACUUUCCCCUCUGUCCCCUGCGCCACCGCGAGUUGCUUAGCCGACCGCUGGCCGGGAGGACGCCUGUCCUCUGCUCUGGAGACGCCCUUCGGGACGCGUGCAGCCCUGCCCUCGGGGACUUCGGUGCAGCACGGGACCAGGCGAAAGGUUCCUACAGCACAGCCUGGCUUUCCUGGUCCGCCUGUGCUUCCUGGAGUUCCAUGGAAAAUGGAAGGCCUCCCGAUCCUGCAGACUGGGCUGUGAUGGACGUCGUCAAUUAUUUCCGAACAGCAGGAUUUGAGGAGCAAGCCAGUGCUUUCCAGGAACAGGAAAUUGAUGGAAAAUCCCUGCUCUUGAUGACAAGAAAUGACGUGUUGACAGGACUUCAGUUAAAAUUGGGGCCCGCUCUGAAAAUCUAUGAGUAUCAUGUUAAACCUCUUCAGACCAAGCAUUUAAAGAACAGCUCUUCAUAGUAAAGUGAAACUGAGGUCUCAGUCCUCAAAACAGAAUACACAAUGAUGUCAUUUAGUUUCAUGUUGUGAGAUUUCACAAACAGAAUACAUGUGUAUAUGUAAAGAAUUUCGAUCCAACAAAGUGUUAUCCUAUUGGAUAGACUAGGCAAUCCAUCAGUUGGCCUGACUCAGCCCAGAGGAGCAAAGACAGAAUGUAUGUAAGAUGGUUGUCCUUGUCAAACCAAGUCAUCAUUGGCUCUGAGGUACCCUUCCCCUGGGGAGCUUUGAGAUCACAAGAAUUUUCUUUGUUUCUUCAUAGAUUGUUUUCCACCAACUCCUUAAAAAUGAGGAUGGAUGUAGAAUGAGUGGUUUGGGUUGUAGACUUAGAAAUGAGAGCAAACAAAACUCCAUGGGGAGGGGGAAGGGAGGGAGUGCUGUCUCCCUUGAGUUGCCCUGCUCCUAGAUGUCUGCUCCAAGGAUGGAAUUGCCAACACCCUUUUUUGUAGAGGGUUCUCCACUUGACCUUCUUAAGGUUUCACAGAAACGUUGUGUGUGAAGCGAACAUGCACCAGGCUCCCUUUCGGAGCAGAACUCUCUCUGAGGAGAGAGACAUGCUAUGCACUGGAGACAUCCUUGUAAUCUACUCACUGUCACAGGGGCGGGGAGCUGGGGUGUGUAUUUCCUGCUUACGUUGGUUCUUUGUUGCUGAAGAAAACAUUUAGGGGCUUUGGGGUUUUUUGUUUGUUUGGUUGGUUGGUUGGUUUUGCUUUUUACUUUAUGGUUUGUAUUUAUAAUUUCUUUCUGAAGCGAUUUGCCAAGAGUUAAUAGAUCCCAAAGCUUUGUUAAUAGCACAGAAUAUUUUUAUAUAUACAUAUAUAUUCCUCCAUGAUUCUGUAAUAUUUUUUUAAUUGUCCUAUGCUGUGCUUGGUCCCUGGUUUGAGAACUUGUCUUUCAGAACUUGAAAAAGUGAGCUUGCUACAUCUCUGUUCAAAGAGACACUUAUUGAGUGAUGUUUGUCCAUACUUGUUGAGUUGAUGCUUUGUGAUUGCAAUAAAACACUGCUUCGGUUCACCAA